AGGUUUGUCGUCAGCUGCUUCCUAACAGCUGUUUGUCACCUGACUCAGUUUCUUCACGGAUUUUGUCUCACACGCGGAUAUUUGAGCAUUUUGCGCCACCUUGUGUGUGAGCUGCUCCCUCUGCUGAGCCAACAUACAUCUUUGUCACAAAAUGGUGUCACUGAUUUACAGUCUACGACACCACACAGACGAGGUGAGCUGCUGCGCCUUCUCUCCGUCUCUACUCGCCACCGGCUCAAUCGAUAAAACCCUGCGCGUUUAUAACACCGCAGACUUUUCGGAGCUUCCCUUCUCUCCUCUAUUGGGCCAUGGCUACGGGGUUCACAGCUGCUGCUUCAGUUCCUGUGGCAGCUACCUGCUCAGCUGCUCCACAGACGGAUCCACCAUCGUGUGGAGCUCGGAGACAGGUGAGAAGUCCGCGGUGCUGCAGCAUCCGGGCCGCAGUCCGCUUCGAGUGUGCGCACUGUCGCCUGACUCCUCCCUGCUGCUGGCCGGGGCCUGUGAUGGCACCGUGGCCCUCUGGGACCUCCCCUCUAAGACAAUACGCAGAUGCAGUGCAGUGAGCGAGGCCAGUAUAGUGGCUUGCUGUUUCUCUCCCUGUGGCCAGAUGUUUGUGACCGGCUGCACCUAUGGAGACCUCAAACUUUGGGACGCGGACAUUAGUCUCCUGCAUGCUGAGAAGGACGCCCACGACCUGGGCGUCACCUGCUGCAAAUUCGCACCUCAGUUCAAAGUUGAUGGCUGUUGCGUGGAGUUUCGACUGGCCUCCUGCGGACAGGACAGCCAACUGAAAAUAUGGAUUGUUUCCCAGCGUGAAGGAGCAGCAUGUGUCGUGAAGCUGCUUCACGCUCUUACCAGCCAGUCGGCUCCAGUUCUGUCUUGUGCCUUCUCCUUUGAUGGAGAGCUAGUUGUUUCAGGCAGCACUAAUAAACACCUCCUCUUAUAUGACGCGAGCCGAGGAACCCUGCUCCAUACUUUGACACAGCACGACAGGUAUGUGACUGCCGUUGCCCUGUCCCCCACCAUGCCGUGGAUUGCAACCGGCUCCAUGGACAGAACAGUGAACGUGUGGAGAAUAGGAGAUGGAGAUAUUGGAGCUGCAGCUGAGUCAAGGCAGGCAGUGUGCCAAGGAAGGAAGUUGCCGGGUCACUCCAGGCUGCUGCUAGCUGAUUGGUCAGAGGAGGAUGUGCAGACUUGGCUGUGUGAGGAAGGACUGGAGGAGCUCAUCAGCGUCUUUAAAGUCAACAACAUGGACGGACCAGAGCUCAGCCAGCUGGACAAGGAAACAUCGGCCGAGCUGGGAAUCGACUCUGUGGGCCUCCGCGGUCGUCUCCUGAGGAAAAUUGAGGCCCUGAAGGCAGAGGAGAGCGGUUCAGAGACCCCUGAUGAAUUUCUAUGCCCAAUCACCAGAGAGCUGAUGAAGGAGCCGGUCAUUGCCGCAGAUGGAUAUUCUUACGAGCGCGAAUCCAUCGAGAGCUGGAUCAGAGGCAAGACCAAAACCAGUCCCAUGACAAACCUGCCCCUACAGACCACACUCCUCACCCCCAACAGAUCCCUGAAGAUGGCGAUAGCACGGUGGAAGUCCAGCAGCUCAUUUUAGCCUCAUAUUUUCAGAAUCACACUAAACAGGUACUUCAUCAUUAAACUGUAGCUGCUCAUCUGAUACCAAGUGCUCUUAUUAUCAGUAAAAGUAAUUUCCAAUAAAGUUCUGUUCAGGGUCCCAGUCAGUAUCACAUCUGACAAG